AUGGAGAUGGAUAAAAUCCCUGCGGCAGCUGCGCUUAAGAGAAGAAAUAUUCAGAUUGAUAACGAUUCGUGCCCGUUCUGUAACUCGAAUGAAGAAACUGUUGAGCAUGUGUUUAUCGGCUGUCUUUCGGCUUCGAUUGUGUGGAAUUUCAUUAGCUCAUGGUGCAAGAUUCCAAGUAUUUUCGCUUUCUCUCUUAAAGACCUUCUCUCUAUCCAUAAAGAGCUUAGUGCUUCCGAUAAAAAGAAAGAGGCGGCCCAAGGGAUUAUGUCGAUUGCUUGUUGGAGUCUCUGGCGAGCUAGGAACAAUACUAAGUUUUUCAACUUUCCGUUCAAGAUUGAUAGAAUUAUUAGCGAAAUCAAGGCUUUGGGAUAUUUGUGGUUUGUAAAUAGAUCUAGAUAUAAAGAGGUAGAAUGGGGGGAUUGGUGUUCCUUUGUUAAUAUGUAA